GGACGGUAAAAUAUACAAUGAGCAGCUCCCCUGAUCCCAGCAGCCAGGGCAAAACCAGGGCGCUAAGCUCGGAGAACGGCGCUAUCAGGGCCUGGCCCACUUUCUCGUGGACUCGGUGUUUCGGCAGAUGUCCCAGCUGUCUUCUCAAACUGCGGAUCCUUGAGUCACUUGUACGAAGAGCAGCAUUCGAAGGCAUUCCUUCGACAAGCAGGAUGAGUGGUUCGGUACCGAGUACGCUACUUUACCCAUGCCAGCAAAUUGGAAGUAGCUGUGGAUCGAUUCGAGACUCAUGCCCAAAAGCAACCCAUGACCUUACGCUAUUCUGGAAUGAGGAGGGAAAGCCCAAUACCCCAAGAUGUUGCUCAGGACGGACAACUGCGAGCUCUAGUUCCGACAGGAUGACAAAUUUGAGAAGCCCGAGGCCCACAUGUUCGUCUACUUUAUCUCGCCGCUGCUGCAUCAGGGUCCCAAGAAGUAUAAAAUCGGAAGAAAUACGGUGGCAAAUACACAUAUGGAUGAAGACAUCGAAGAGUUCCAGAAGGAAAGGAUAGGAAAUGAGUAGGGAGACCUUCAACUCCAUAAAAUACCAGAUGAUCCAAAAAAAAGUACGCUGUCCUGUUUGAUAAUGUGAAAAAUAUACCUUUUUGUGAUUAUUAUUGAGAA